GUGUGUGAGAAGGAAAGUAUGUUAGAGUUGUUCGGGAACCUUGAUUCUGUGAGUGAUUGAGUGAGUGAUUGAGCCAGGGUUAGACAUAGAAAACUGCCUAGGAGAGAGUCUAUAUUACAGUCUGCUACAGUGUGUGUGUGUCUGUGUGUGCUGGGGUCUGUGUAUGUGUGCUGGAGUCAGUGUGUGUGUGUGUGUGUGUGUGUGUGCUGCAGUGUGUGUGUGUGCUACAGUGAGUGAGAGAUCGUGACUACCUAAAUGGCUUUAGUCAGCUCAGUAUGAGUGUGAGCCUGUGUGUGGACCGUGUUAGCGUGUAGUGUGUGUGAGCAUGUGUGGGGACCGUGUUAGCGUGUAGUGUGUGUGUGGGGACCGUGUUAGUGUGUGUUAGGUAUGUAACCAGAGCUCUAGGCGUGUAUAUGGAGAACAUGAGGAAAAUGAGCCUGAGGAAAAGACUGUCCUUCAAGAGGGUCUGGCACUUCAACACAUCUGCUGUGGUCUCUGAUGGAGAGCUGAACAGUGUUGACCUCCAGGGCUGUGGCAGUGACAACAGUCUGCACAGUAAUGCCAGCCUACCCAGUGUCCAGGGCCAUCGACGUCACACAGAGAGACGGGUGGCCAGCUGGGCGGCCUGCUUUGAGAGACUGCUGCAGGACCCGGUCGGAGUCAGAUACUUCUCAGAGUUCCUGAAGAAGGAGUUCAGCGAGGAGAAUAUUGUGUUCUGGCAGGCCUGUGAGUUCUUCAGCCAUGUCCCCGACAACGACAAGAAACAGUUAUCUCAGAGAGCUAGGCAGAUCUAUAACAGCUAUUUAUCCAGUAAGGCCACAACGCCGGUCAACAUUGACAGUCAGGCCCAGCUGGCAGAUGAUAUUCUCAACGCUCCCAGACCAGACAUGUUUAAGGAACAACAACUACAGAUCUUCAACCUGAUGAAGUUUGACAGCUAUACUCGCUUCCUGAAGUCCCUCCUGUAUCAGGAAUGUAUGUUAGCGGAGGUGGAGGGGAGGCCUCUACCAGACCCCUACCACAUACCCAGCUCUCCUACCUCCAAACACAGUACCGGGUCAGAUAGAUCCACACCCAAGAAGGAGGACAAGAAGACUAAGUCGGGCCGCUCUCUGAACGAGGAGAGAGAGAAGGAUGAGUGCGGAGGAGAUAAGAAGAAAGGAAUGUUCUUUUCGUGGUCACGGAACCGGAGCUUCGGGAAAGGCCCCAAGAAACGGGAUCUGACAGACAUCAACUACAACUUCAGUAACGGGCGUCGGGAAUCACAAGGCUCUCUGUCAUCUGGAGCCAGUCUGGAACUGGGAACGUCCGGAUCUGGAAAGAACGAGGGUGGUUCUAUGGAGAGAGACAGAGAGCGAGGCGGUGACUCUGUAACCCUGAGACAGUGUAACAUCAACCUACCAGAUGGGACAUGUUGCUCUGUGCCGGUCAGAGCUGGGUUCUCCAUCAGAGAGCUGCUCGUGGGUCUCUGUGAGAAACUCUGUAUCAACGUGGCAGCUGUAGACCUCUUCCUCGUCGGAGGGGAGAAGCCUCUGGUUCUGGAUCAGGACUGUAUGACUCUGUGCUCUCGGGACCUCAGACUGGAGAAACGGACUCUGUUCAGACUGGACUUGGUUCCUAUAAACAGGUCAGUGGGUCUGAAGGCGAAGCCCACUAAGCCGGUGACGGAGGUUCUGAGACCUGUAGUGGCCAAGUACGGCCUCCAGCUCAACGACCUGGUGGCCCGCAUCAGUGGGGAGAAGGAGCCUCUUGACCUGGGUCUCCCGAUCUCUAACCUGGAUGGACUGAGAGUGGUGCUGGAUGUAGCUGACUACACACCUGGGAAGGACAAACCGAUCGGGGCUCCGUCUAAAACCCAGGCCCCGCCCCCUACGACUAGGAACCAAUCAGCUACGGGGGAUGAAAGGGCGUCAGGGAAGCCCAGUGCGGUGCUCGGCAACGGAAACAAGCCCUCCUCCUCUGCCCGUGACGACCGCCUCUUACCCAGCAGCCACCGCAAGACGGCGGCGCCAUAUAAAGCCCCGCCCACUGAAAAGAGAAAGCAGAAAAAGAUUACUGUAGACGAAGCUGAAGAGCUCUUCCAGCUCAUAUCCAAAGCUCAGUGCAGCAGAGCAGACGACCAGCGAGGUCUGUUAGACAAGAGUGACCUGACGCUUCCCGACUUCCUCCGCCUCAGCCCUUCAUCACCACCCCUUCCUCUUCCUCCCACCUGCGUCACCCGGCAUGGCCGCGGCGGUGGUAACCAUGACGAUAGCGACAACCACGGCUACGGGGGAAACAGACGUCACGGCAACAAGGAGGGUGGAGGCGGUGGCUCGUUCCCAUUGAACACCGGCAGCCAAUCGCAGAGCUUGGACUCCUCGCUCGGAACGGGAGGAGGAGGAGGGGGAAGACGAGCGCUCCUCCCCCCCUCCCACCACAACAGACCCCCUCCCCCGUUCCCCGGCACCACAGUCCACCCCCCCUCCCAGGGGCAGCACCACCUACGGGGUCUCCCCAGCCCAGACUGCACGGGGUCAGUACAGAUGUUACGAGAGGAACCCCUAGCUGACCUGACCCUGGUGGGAGAAGGGGACAUCAACAGUCCUAACUCCACUCUCCUAACCCCACACCACUCCUCCUCCACUACCCAUAACCCACCACGCUUCUCCCAACACGACCUCCACAGCUCGCCCUGCUCAGGUACCUCCCCUGUGUGAACUCUGAACCCGCGGCCUUUCACCUUCGAACUGCGUUUGACCUCCGAACUAUCCUCUCCUCUCUCUCCCGAAAUGGAACCCUGUUCCCUGUAUAGUGCACUACCCCUAAGGCUCUGGUGGAAAGUAUAUAUAGUGCACUACAUUAGACCAGAACCCUAUUCCCUACAUAGUGCACUACAUUAGACCAGAACCCUAUUCCCUACAUAGUGCACUGCAUUAGACCAGAGCCCUAUUCCCUACAUAGUGAACUACAUUAGACCACUACCCCUAAGGCUCUGGUGGAAUGUAGUGUGCUAUAUAGGGAAUAUGGUUCCAUUUGUGACUCAGCCCCCCCAGUGUCUGGGAGCUGAAGUUAACCCCUUCCAGACACUGAUCCUAGAUCUGUUAUCUGUUCUGAGGAUACAUCUAGAGGAUCUAGGGGAUAUUGUAGUCAGAACACUGAUCCUAGAUCUGUGCCUAUGGGGUCCGCUUCUCUGUCUGCGUGUGAAAGGUUGUUGUUUUUUGAAGUGGGCUUGUUGCUGUGGAAACCAGUGCCUGACUUUACCCCCCCCCCCCCCCCCUACCAACCCUGCACCCUCGGCCGUCUACAUCCCUCCAAUGUACAGAUUGCAAUGAUGCACUUUAGCCAAUCAGGGGAAAGGACUGCUUUGUGUAUCUAAGCCUUGAUUUGAUUGGUUUGUUCUGUAACCUGGAGCCCCCAGAUGGUCUGUCUUUUACCACUCAGCUGAAGAGAAAUCACCUUCACUACAAUGUGUGUUCCUGGAAGAGGACAGGACUGUCUCUCUCUCUGUCUCUCUCUCUCUCUCUCUCUCUCUCUCUCUGUCUCUCUCUCUGUCUCUAUCUCUGUCUCUCUCUCUCUGUCUCUCUCUCUCUCUCUGUCUCUCUCUCUCUCUCUGUCUCUCUCUCUCUCUCUCUCUCUCUCUCUGUCUUUCUCUCUCUCUCUCUGUCUCUCUGUCUCUAUCUCUGUCUCUCUCUCUGUCUCUAUCUCUGUCUCUCUCUCUCUGUCUCUCUCUGUCUCUCUCUCUCUUUCUCUCUGUCUCUCUCUCUCUUUCUCUCUCUAUCUCUUUCUCUCUCUCUCUGUCUCUCAAUUCAAUUCAAGGGGCUUUCUCUCUCUCUCUUGUCUCUCUCUCCCUCUCUCUCUUUCUCUCUGUCUCUCUCUGUCUGUCUCUCUCUCUCUCUGUCUCUCUCUGUCUCUCUCUCUCUCUCUGUCUCUAUCUCUGUCUCUCUCUCUGUCUCUAUCUCUGUCUCUAUCUCUGUCUCUCUCUUUCUCUCUCUCUCUCUCUCUCUCUCAAAUCACCUUCACUACAAUGUGUGUGACAGGACUGUAGACUGUCUGUCUUUCUCUCUAUAUAUAUGUCUGUCUCUCUCUCUCUCCCCCUCGCUCUGUCUGUCUGUUCUGUACAAUAACCCGCCACGUCUGUAGUUUGGACUGAAACCCUGGAAGAACACCUGACCUCCCUCUCUCUCUUUCGAUACAAAAACAAUUCAACAAUGUUUCAAGCUGACUUGUCUUCUAACAAUCACCAGGCUUUUUACCUUUUAUUUAGAAUUCUCAUCUAGUUUAUCAUCCUGUAAUAUAUUCCUUAGAACACAUUCAUUUAUCCUGAGUUGUUGUUAUUAUUAUUAUUAUUACAGUGUAUCAUGUUAAAGAGUACUAAUUGUGUAUAAAUACCAGUUUAAUAGUCUGUUUUUAACCCUUUAUUAUCUAGUCAUUGUUCCAUCAACUUCCUGUCAUUCUGUUAUGAUGAUGUCACAAUAGAAGUGUUCUAUUCUGUUGUUCCACUUCCAUUGGGUUGUUCUGUGAACUAUGACCUCCUGUACAUAGACAUAAUAAAUAUUAAACAUUA